AUAUCAAAUGAUUUAAUUUCUGUAACGGAGCUGUAGAGGACACCACUUUAUGUGCUAUAAUAUGCCGCUGUAAUCCCAUGAUAACCUCGACCCCUCAUGGCCUUACCCCCUGCAUCAAGGCACCGUUCUUCAGGUCCAUGAUAUAUAAAUUACAUGUACUGUACAUUAUAAUGUAAAAUCUAAUCUGACAUAUGUGAAGUCAGCUAUAAAACAACUUGUGAUGACAGUGACGUAUCACAUAGUACCAAUUGGUAUUUGUCAAUUCAUUCGAUUUGUAAUUAUUUGUAUUAAAUUAUGACUAAAUGAAUUGACACAUAAAUGACAUUAUAUAUUAAAUAAUAAGGUUAAUCUGUAAUUAAUAAUUGAAUAUUUAAAAUAAUUCACGAAUCAUGCAGUGUUGUGCAAAGUGUUAAGUCAUAAAAACGGAUGACAAAGUAUAAACUUCUUAAAUCUUUACGAAGGCGAUUAACGGUUUGACGAAAUUAUUCUAGAAUAUAAAUGAGAGCUGCUGGUUUUCCAGCAGCAAAUAUUAGUGUUUGACUUCUACAGUGAUGGUAAUGAACAUGCAGAUAGUACUUAAAGCAAUACCAAAUAUUUAAUCGUGCUAAAAGUGUUGAAAACUCCGUUUUCACUUAUUUUCACAAUCUAAACAUGUUUUCUACGAUGUUCGAUCUACGGAAAAUUUUAAAAGAUACUAUAGUUGAAUAUAUUGAUGUGGAUUUUACGCUUUGGCUAUCAUGGCUUUUAAUGCCACUAUUGAUAACAUUUUUAUUACCACUUGUGAUUGUGGUAUUAUUAUAUUUAACAGCAUUAAUCUUAUAUGUAUAUAAAUUACAUAGAGCUAGAUUAAGAAAUGCAUAUGGAAGUGAUUGGAGAAAUGCAGCUCGUAAUGUAGUAGCUGCAGUUUGGGAUGCUCAUGGUUGGAUAUGGUAUGGCUAUGAAGUCAUUGGAUUAGAAAAUAUUCCAAAAGACAAACCAGUACUUUUUGUAUAUUAUCAUGGAGCAAUUCCAGUAGAUCUUUAUUAUUUCAUAGCAAAAGUAUUACUUUUAAACUCAAGAUUGAUUCAUUCAGUAGCAGAUAGAUUUCUAUUUAAAUGCCCUGGAUGGUCCAUAAUAUCUGAUGUGCUAAAGGUCAUUCCUGGUACUAUACAAACAUGUUCUAAUAUUUUAAAAGAAGGUAACAUGCUUGCUAUCUCACCUGGCGGUGUAUAUGAAGCUCAAUUUGGAGAUUCUUAUUAUGAAUUGAUGUGGAAAAAACGAGUAGGUUUUGCUAAAGUGGCAUUGGAUGCCAAAGUGUGCAUAAUACCUUUCUUUACAAGAAAUGUUAGAGAAGCAUUUAGAAGUGUAAGUUGGGGUAGAAGAAUAUGGUUGAGAAUAUAUGCUGCAACAAGAUUUCCUUUUGUACCUAUUUAUGGAGGAUUUCCAGUUAAAUUGACAACAUAUGUUGGUAAACCAAUUCCAUAUGACAGCAGUCUUACACCAGAAGAAUUACAGUCAAAGGUCGCCGAUGCACUUAAUGAUUUAAUAAGAGAACAUCAGAGAAUACCAGGAAGUAUAUCUUUAGCCUUGCUAGAAAGAAUACGUGACGUAGAUAAGAAAGAACUAUAAAUCUAUUUGUCUCAGUAUUAUGACACCAAGUUAUACAAGAUAACUUGAUAAAGCAUUUAUAAGUUGUUCUAUUGUUGUCUUUUAGAUUCUAAAUUUUAUGUUCUCAAACUAUGGUGCAGAUUAUUUUCUAACAUUUUCUCAUUCUUAAGUUACAUUGGAAUAACUUAUAUGGCAUCAACUUUAUACCAGUGAAAUUGUACGAUAAUUAAUUUUAGAGCAUAAGGAUCAAUCUGUCUAAUUAUUAAAUAGAUAUUUUAUACGUUUUACCUUAAA